AUGGCUGAGGCGGCUGAGUCGGUGGUGGGCAGCAAGGCUCGGGCGGCGCGCACAGUCCUGGGUCAGCUGGUGCUGCCGGGCGAGGAGCUGCUGUUGCCGGAGCAGGAGGACGCGGAAGGCCCUGGCGGUGCUGGAGAACGGCCACUACUCCUGAAUCCCGGGACGCGAUCGCGGGUGCGUGUAGUGUGCGGCCCGGGCUUGCGGCGCUGUGGAGACCGUAUGCUGGUCACCAAAUGCGGCCGCCUACGUCACAAGGAGCCCUCCGGCGGCGGCGGCGGAGUGUACUGGGUGGACUCGCAGCAGAAACGGUAUGUCCCAGUGAAAGGAGACCAUGUGAUUGGCAUAGUGACAGCUAAAUCUGGAGACAUAUUCAAAGUGGAUGUUGGAGGGAGUGAGCCAGCGUCUUUGUCUUACUUGGCAUUUGAAGGUGCAACUAAAAGAAACAGACCAAAUGUGCAGGUUGGAGAUCUCAUCUAUGGCCAAUUUGUGGUUGCUAAUAAAGACAUGGAACCAGAGAUGGUUUGUAUUGACAGCUGUGGACGAGCCAAUGGAAUGGGUGUAAUUGGACAGGAUGGUCUGCUUUUUAAAGUGACUUUGGGCUUAAUUAGAAAGCUUCUAGCUCCAGAUUGUGAGAUCAUUCAGGAAGUGGGGAAACUCUAUCCACUGGAGAUCGUAUUUGGAAUGAAUGGAAGAAUAUGGGUUAAGGCAAAAACAAUUCAGCAGACUUUAAUUUUGGCAAACAUUUUGGAAGCUUGUGAACACAUGACAACAGAUCAAAGAAAACAAAUCUUCUCUCGAUUGGCUGAAAGCUGA